UCCUGGCAGCCACCAUGAAGGGCCUCAACCUGCUCUGCUGCUGCGUGGCCUCGCUCCUGCUCCUCGGCACCGCAGAGCCGCGCGCCUCCGGCACGGGCCAUGGUGAUGGUGCUGCCGAGAGCCCCCCACCAGGCACGGAGCCCCGGCUGGAGGAGAAAGCAGCUGAUGGCAGCCCUGAGGAGGAGCAAGACAGUGGCACUGCCAAUGCCUCCUUGCCUGGUGUCACCGAGGAGGGACGUGGAGAGGGGGAGAAAGAGCAGGCAGGUGGCCUGAGCAGGGACCGGGGGCCAGGGGCCCGCCAGCCAGAGGACCAGGGCCAGGAAGAACAGAGCUCAGGGGAGGAUUUCAUGGCAGCUCAUCAAGGAGGGAACCAUGGGCCUGGCACACAAGAGGAUAUCCAUGGCCAGGAGGAUGAGGAGCCCGGCACAGAGAAAGGAGGCUCUGAGGAGGAAGGACAGCCAGGGGAAGAACAAACAGAGGAGCCAAGAGCAGCAUCUGCUCCUGAGGGAGAGGAGGAAAGGGAUGAGCAGAGCUCAGAGGAAGAUGAUGAGCAAGGAGAGUCUGAGGAAGGUGAACUCGGGGAGAUAGAUGGAGGCAAGGAAGAGUCUGAAGAGGGAGAGUCUGAGGAGGAGAAAGAGUCUGAUGAAGAUGGUGACAGGCCAGAGAAUGAAGCUGAAGAGAAUGACAAACAAGCAGCUGGCACUUCCAACAAAAAGAGCAACAGCAAACCAGCAGCUGCUGGCACAGGAGAAGCCAAGGAUGGCCCUGCCAGCUGCCAUCACCCACCCUGCAGGGAUGCAGCAGAAGACCCACCACCAGCAGAAGAUCCGCCAGCAACAGAAGACCCACCUACAGCAGUGGAAAACCCACCAGUGGUGGAAGAUCCACCAGCAAAAGAUGACCCACCAGUAACAGAAGACCCACCAACAGCAGUGGGUGACCCUCCAGCAGCAGCAGACCCCCCUGCAGACAAGACCCCACUGGCAGGAUCAGAGGUCCCCAGCACCCCCCCAGCUGCCGCCGAGCCCCGGCACAGCCAGAUAGAAGAGGUUGAAGAUGCCAGCGAGCCGACCAAGCGUGACCGGUCCCACUUGGAGAACACCCUCAAGCUGAAUGAGGAGAAACCUGCUGAUGAUGUCUCAGGAGUAUUGCAGCGGCUGAGGAAGAUCUACCACUCCUCCAUCAAGCCCCUGGAACACUCCUACAGAUACAACGAGCUGAGGCAGCAUGAGAUCACAGCUUACCCCGGACGCACCCUGGGCUCCUCGGCCACAGAUGGGGAGAUCACUUCCAAGCCUAUGGUGCUAUUCCUGGGACCGUGGAGCGUCGGCAAAUCCUCCAUGAUAAACUACCUCCUGGGGCUGGACAACACUCCCUACCAGCUCUACACAGGGGCAGAACCCACCACCUCCGAGUUCACCGUCAUCAUGCACGGCCCCAAGCUGAAGACCAUUGAGGGCAUUGUGAUGGCUGCUGACAGUGCCCGCUCCUUCUCACCCCUGGAGAAGUUUGGGCAGAACUUCUUGGAGAAGCUGAUAGGCAUUGAGGUCCCCCACAAACUGCUGGAGCGAGUCACCUUCGUGGACACGCCGGGCAUCAUCGAAAACCGCAAGCAGCAAGAAAGAGGUUACCCAUUCAACGACGUGUGCCAGUGGUUCAUUGACAGAGCCGACCUCAUCUUUGUUGUCUUUGACCCCACGAAGCUGGAUGUGGGCUUGGAGCUGGAGAUGCUGUUUCGUCAGCUGAAGGGCCGUGAGUCUCAGAUCCGAAUCAUCCUGAACAAAGCUGACAGCCUGGCUACCCAGGAGCUGAUGAGAGUCUACGGCGCCUUGUUCUGGAGCUUGGCUCCUCUCAUCAACGUCACAGAGCCGCCCAGGGUGUACGUUAGCUCCUUCUGGCCCCAUGACUACCAUCCAGAAACCCACAGAGACCUGUUCCUCAAAGAAGAGAUAUCGCUCCUGGAAGAUCUCAACCAGGUGAUUGAGAACAGGAUGGAAAACAAGAUUGCCUUCAUCCGCCAGCACGCCAUCCGGGUGCGCAUCCACGCCCUGCUGGUCGAUCGCUAUCUACAGACCUACAAGGACAAAAUGACCUUCUUUAGUGAUGGAGAACUGGUGUUCAGGGACAUUGUGGAAGAUCCUGACAGGUUCUUUAUCUUUAAGUCCAUUCUGGCAAAGACCAAUGUCAGCAAAUUUGACCUCCCCAACCGUGAGGCUUACAAGGACUUCUUUGGCAUCAACCCCAUCACCAGUUUUAAGCUGCUAUCUCAGCAGUGUUCCUACAUGGGAGGGUGUUUCCUAGAGAAGAUUGAGAAGGCCAUCACCCGUGAGCUUCCCGAUCUCUUGGGAAGCAUCGGCCUGGGGAAGAAGCCCAAUGUCCUCUCCUGCGACGUCACUGGCUGUGGUGAAACCCCAAAGAAUCGCUACAGGAAGCCCUAAGGUGAUCCACAACCCAACUGUCCACGUGUUCCUACUGGUGAAUGAGCUUAUGUCUUAUCUGUCCAAGAAGCCGUGGUUUGUUAACCCUUUGAGUGCCGCGCUGGCAAAGGCUACUGUACGAUGCAGACUUUGAGUCAUUGACAUCGAUGGCAGGGGAAGAUGGGUGGGCAUAAGGAAGAGAAUAAAAACUGUGAAUUCCUGACA